UUCUUGUUUCUCUUGGAUGCAGCAGCUGAGCAGUGAAGGAUGCUGAUGCUUUUGUGGCUGAAAAUCCACCUGCCUUAUAUAGUCCAGGACUUACAAUGACCGGAAACACCAAAGGAGCAGGAAGGGCAGGUUCCUUUUGCAAUCCUGCAUCACAUCAGAAUGAGGCUUUUCCACCCGGGUCAUUAUCUGUGGUGUAACGUUCACCAUCAUCAAUAGCCUUGAGGGGGAGGAAGGAGAAAGAAGGAGGAAAAGCCACUUUUGUGUAAAGUGAAAGGCAGUGAUGUCACCUGUAAGUAUGCUGCUGUGUGACAGAGUGGGGAAUUCUCAGUAACUCCUCCUUUACACAAACAGAUCAUAUUUAAGGCAAACCUUCGUCCCUCCUUCAGCACAACUCAGCUUUCCAUCAGUCUGAACAACUUCAACAGAAACACCAUGGCAGCCUCAAACGGUUUUCCUGCCAGUUUCUAUGGAGAACCAGGAGUGUUAGGAAUGUUAUCCAAUGGGAUCAGUGCAUUCCUUGUACUUCUACAGAACUUCAGCACAGCUCACACUGGCAUUAAACCAGUUGGAGUGGAGAACAUACUUGCAGGUGUUCAUCUCAUCCUGAUUGGUGGUUUGUGCCAGCUGGUGGCUGGACUGCUCUCCUUUAGAAAGUACGAUCACCUGAGUGGCACUGCCUUCAUCGGCUACGCUGCCCUUUGGGGUAGCUAUGGGGCGACCAGAAUCUACUAUGGUGCUUUAUUUAACAAUCAGACUAUACCAUCAGUGUCAGAGCACAUGUUCAAUGGUUCAACCACCAACAUGAUGGUCAACACUUCUCUUCAAAACUCAACACAGUGCCACUUAUGUGUGUCCAUAGAAGAGUCAGCCAUUGCUGGUCUGAUCCCUUAUAUCCUUCUGUCCUUUAUCCUGGCAUUUUGCUCUGCCACGGUCAACUACAUCAUGCCUUUUGUUUUUGGAGCCAUCACGGCCACUUUGAUCUUUGAAGCAGCAGCUCUGGUGACAGGCCCUUGGGCUCUGGUGGUCUCUGGGGUUCUGGAGCUGCUCAUUUUGAUCUUUGCCAUCUAUGGUUCAGCUGCUCUACUCAUCAAAGGGCUGACUCAACGUCUGGUUCUUAAAGGCUUUGGGACCCCCCUCUUUAAUGUUCUCCUGCUAGGAACCACCAACUCAACAGGUGCUCAGAAACCUGGUCAAGAGAAGAAGAAGAACACAAAAUAUGCAGAGCCCAUGGCCUUGGGAUUCUUCUGUGACUCUAUUGCUCCCUUCAUCGUUGCCUUCUACAGCUUUGGGUACAUGAAAUCGUUUGGUUUAGGAGUUGCAUGGGUAUCAAUCAUCUCAGUCGCCCAGCUGUUCUCCAGCUACUACGCUCAUUUGCGCCAGGAUAGCUACCACACUACAAAAUUUGGGAUUCAUGCCAUGUAUUGGCUGAUCAAGGCUUGGGAUGAGUUUGUGGCAUCUGCCCUGAUUGUGGAGCACAGUCAAGUUGUUGCUGGUAGGGAAGCCAUGGUGGGAGACUGGUUCUUUGUGGUGGCCGGCUUGGUGCUCUGUGUGGGAAGCCUGAACAUGGACACUCUGGAGCUGAUCCACAACUUGCUCUUUGUUCUGCUCACAGUCUCAACAAUCCCCCAGAUCCCCCUGCAGGGUUACUACAUCUUCUUUGGUGUAGCCUGCUCUCUCUUCACUGCAGUCUCAGUCUACGGUACCUUCUCACGCCUCAUAAACACCAUCGCAGAGAAGUCUCUAAUCCCUGUGGGACCACAGCCGGUCUCCUCCGAGCAGCUGAAGAGAGCUCUGAUGUGUAGAAGGUCUCAACAGGGAGAACAAAAAGAGCUGCCCAACAGUGACCAGGCCUCAGAUGCUCUGUUUUAUCUCACCAACGGGGUUGCAGCACUUUCAGCUCUUCAUUCAGAAGUGUCAAGUGGGAACCCUUCAUUCCUUCAUCUGACUGUCCCCUGGGUCCUCAUCUCUGGAGGCAUCAUUCAGACCUAUGUCAGCAGGCUACAAGUCACCGGAGAGGGCCGGUUUGGAUCAGUCAUCUCAUCCAUCUACGUGGUUGUAUGGGCAACUUGGACGUGGUUUCGAUUUGCAGGUUUUCAGCUUCAGCUCCCCGUCCAGGCAGCCUAUGGAUUCACAGCUGGAGGCGUUGCUUUACUGGUCAUUAAUGCCUUCCUCAUGCUGAUUGCUGCUUAUAGGAACGUGGUUCUGUUGUUUCUAACAACAAUCAUGGAGGUUGUUCUUGUCUGCUUCCUUCUCUCCACCCUGCACAGACUUCCAUACCAACUUGAAAAACAAAUAAAGUCUAACAUCCAGAAACGAUGUAUUGCAGUUGCCAUGCUUGCAUUGGUAUCCAUCAUUUGCUUUUAUGGCACCUUGGCUUCACUGAUGAACUGCAUCUUCUCACAAAGAGUGAUCCCAAUGGGUCCUCCCAUAAUAAAGGAAAAAGUGAAACAGGAAGCUUGUGACGAGCCGUCCUGUCCGGUGGCUAGCUCGCGUCUCACCAGCGGUCUGUUGAAGAUAGCUCGACUUCUCGAGGACGGGGGUGUGUGUGGUAUUCCCACAGAUACUGUGUACGCUCUGGCUGCUUCCUGCAAGAAUCCUCAGGCGAUAGAAAAAAUCUACAACAUUAAAGACAGACCUGCAGAGAAGCCUAUAUGCAUUUGCAUCUCCAGUGUGGAACAGCUGGUUGCAGCCAGGCCUCCUUUCAGCCCUCUGCUGUGGGAGUUCAUGAGGAAUGUGUAUCCUGGAGGCAUCAGCUGCAUUGUCAGCAAAGGAGACUGGCUUUACAGACUAGGAGUUGGACCUGCUUAUGACCGUGUUGGUACCAGAGACAGCAUCAUGAUCCGUGUCCCAGACCACACCGUGACCUGCCACCUAUGUGACAUCACUGGACCCCUGGCCAUAACAUCAGCCAAUCCCAGUGGAGAAUCAGACAGCACCCACCACAGCAUGGUCAUUAAUCGACUGGGACACAAGAUCCAAGGAGUACUUUGUGAUGGUGACUCGAAUGAAGUAGUUGCUUCAACUGUGGUCAACUGCCUGAGGAUUGAUGAAGGAGUCAUCACCAUUGUGAGAGAAGGCUGUGUCCCUGCUAUCAAAGUCCAACAGAUCUUUGACAGACUGAAGAACUCCAUGAUUUGA